CCACAGACUGUCUGCUCCCCGUCUGCUACCGCGGGGCUGGCCGGAACUUUUAUCCAUAGGAACGGGUUUACACUGUAGAGUGUUGCCGGCCGGCGUCAAGGAGACUAGAGUGCCAUCCUCUUCCUCUCACCGUAGCCGCCGCGGAGCGGAGCCGAGCAGAUCAGAUCCAGGAGCGCGGUUACCGGGCGGGCUGGGUCUAUGGUCGCUCCGCGGGCCGCUCCGCCGGCUGGUGCUUUUUUAUCAGGGCAAGCUGUGUUCCAUGGCAGGGAACUUUUGGCAGAGCUCCCAUUAUUUACAAUGGAUUUUGGAUAAACAAGAUCUGUUGAAGGAACGCCAGAAGGACUUAAAGUUUCUCUCAGAAGAAGAGUAUUGGAAAUUACAGAUAUUUUUUACAAAUGUUAUUCAAGCAUUAGGUGAACAUCUUAAAUUAAGACAACAAGUUAUUGCCACUGCUACAGUCUAUUUCAAGAGAUUCUAUGCCAGGUAUUCUCUCAAAAGUAUAGAUCCUGUAUUAAUGGCUCCUACAUGUGUGUUUUUGGCAUCCAAAGUAGAGGAAUUUGGAGUAGUCUCAAAUACAAGAUUGAUUUCUGCUGCUACUUCUGUAUUAAAAACUAGAUUUUCAUAUGCCUUUCCAAAGGAAUUUCCUUAUAGGAUGAACCAUAUAUUAGAAUGUGAAUUCUAUCUUUUAGAACUAAUGGAUUGUUGCUUGAUAGUGUAUCAUCCUUAUAGACCUUUGCUCCAGUAUGUGCAGGACAUGGGCCAAGAAGACAUGUUGCUUCCCCUUGCAUGGAGGAUAGUGAAUGAUACCUACAGAACGGAUCUUUGCCUACUGUAUCCUCCUUUCAUGAUAGCUUUAGCUUGUCUACAUGUAGCCUGUGUUGUACAGCAGAAAGAUGCCAGACAGUGGUUUGCUGAACUUUCUGUGGAUAUGGAGAAGAUUUUGGAAAUAAUCAGGGUUAUUUUAAAACUAUAUGAGCAGUGGAAGAAUUUUGAUGAGAGAAAAGAGAUGGCAACUAUUCUUAGUAAGAUGCCAAAACCAAAACCUCCUCCAAACAGUGAAGGAGAGCAGGGUCCAAAUGGAAGUCAGAACUCUAGCUACAGCCAAUCUUAAAACAUUCCGAAGAAUUCCAUAGUGGACCAGUUGGAAAUAAACCAUUGGACAGAUUUCAGUUAUGUCUUCAAUGGAACACAGAUGAAAAUGAAUAGCUUGUUUCUGUCAAGCAUAUUGGGAAGUGAUUUUAUUUUUGCAAAAUAAGUUUUCCUUACGUAAUUUGAUUCUAGUACAUAAUUGAUUAAAAUCUCUUGAUUAUAAAAGCAUGGAAAGGUUCUAAGGGAACCUACAGACAGACUUACAUAGACAUUUCAAAAUUAAUAGCUUUUGAUUAGUAUAAUUUUUCUUAAUUUGGAUAAUAGAAAUUGUAGCUUUUUAUUAAGCCAGGAAACAUGAAGCAUAAUUUGUUUAAAAUUCUCUUUGGUCAUUGAAGGACCAAAAAGGGACAUAAAAAGUCAAAUAUAUGAGGGUUUUUUCCCUCCUUAAGUUAAACUUUAAAACUGUAUUUAAGGAAUCAAAUCUUACAAAAUCCUGGGAGAUUUUGGUAAUGAUGUUGAUAAUUUCAGGGAAAUUAAUCAAGUACCUAUUGAUUUAAAAGUGUAUUUUAUUCAAUAGUUUUAGUAUCUUGCCAUGGAAGAUACUAGCCCAGCCUAGCAGAAAAGUGCAAUAUGUAUAGCAUACUUUGACAUUUUAAAAGUUAUAUUAAUUCCAUAACCGUUUUGAAAUGCUGGGCAAACUUUAAAAAAAUCCUACAUGAUGUUAUUUGUAUUUGAUUCACAGUUAAUCAGGCAUUUUGAAAACUAAUUGGAUAAAACACCAUAAUAUGGUUAAAAUUUGGUGACAUUUAAUGUUAAUUUUUACUCUACUGUGAAAAGUUUUUUAUAUGACAUACACGCCCUAGUUUAUUUUUGUGUCUUAGUGUGGAUUUACAAAUUUACUGCAGGUAUCCUGAGCCAGGAACACAAUCAGGUUUCAGGCCAGUUUGAUACUGGCUAUUCUUAAUUCUCACGAGUGUAGGACUUCGGACUAAAUGUUAUGUCAGUGGGACUGUGCUGUCUGUGGAACUUAAAGUAAUCAUUUUCUUCAGAUUUGAAGGAGAGUGAUAAAAUUUGGAGUCAUAGGAUAUUGAUGUACAAUUUAAGGAUUCAAUUUUUUAAUAAAUUGUGAACAAUGGCUUAUUAAAUUAAAUGUUGAUGUCCUAGUAUAAAACUGCAAGAAUAAAAAGUAAAGUUCUCCAGCUA